CAUUCAUUCAUACUAGGUGUAUCAUGAUUUCUCAAUGAUAUACAUAAAUUUGUGAAUAACGGUCAAUCCAUAUACCAUAUUGUUGUUAUCAAAUAUUGUGACUGAAGUGAAAUUAAAGUGAAAUUCUACGAAUUUAUUAGUGCUAAUAAGUCACUGGAGAACCGCGCUGGGUACGUUAUAAGGGAACGUCCGAAUUCCUGAUCGUUUUAGUUGACACUGUUAAAAAGAUUGAUUACUUACCCUUCGUAUGAACUGAAAUAUGGGCGAUCGUGUUUCAUUAUUGAAUGAGAGUGGCAUAUAAGGUUAUAAGGCAUAUAUUAGAUUUUAGUGGUAUUAUGAUACCGCUUGGAGAUACUGUCAAAGGAUUCAAACGCGGCCCAGCUAAAGACGCCAUGUUUGCUCUGCGCGACGAAGGAGAGGAAAUGGCCUUCUCGUAAUCUACGCUUCUUGUCGGCGAGAUAAAACUACACCAUGGCGAGUGGUUUGUUGUCGCUGAAGUGGAAUAACCACAGGACAACUUUCUUCCACGUCCUCUCCACUAUCAGGAGCAAGGAGUCUUACUGUGAUGCCACCAUUGCCUGUGAUGGGAAGUUUUACCCAGUCCAUAAACUGGUGUUGUCAACAUGUAGUGAUUAUUUUGAACAGAUGUUUGAAAGGACAAACUGUAAACAUCCUAUUAUAGUGUUGAAAGAUAUUAGACAUGAGGACCUUGAGGCCCUCCUGAACUAUAUGUAUGUAGGUGAAGUGAAUGUGUUACAAAAUGAACUGGCAGGACUAAUAAAAGCUGCAGAAUGCCUAAUGAUAAAAGGAUUAGCAGUGCCUGAUGAAGCCCCAACUAAAGAAUCAAAAAGAAGUUCGGGGAGUGGGAAAGAAGAUAGUCCUAUAGCGAAAAGAAGAAAGAAAGACGAUGAACCUAGGUUAUCAACCACCUCAGUUAACCAGCAUGUACAAAGAGAAACAAGAGAGUCGCCCAAUGUGACCUCUACUCAAUCCCAAAGACAUUCAGCGAGUGCCUCCAUUCCAACUCCUUCCCCUACAGUGUCCAGAACUGCUCCCCCUCCUAUCUCUCCAUCACCCUCAAUUGGUAGUGUCUCUGAUGCUGUGUCUGAAGACUGUAGCCAAGGCCAGAAUGAAAGUGAUUUACCGGCCCUAUCCAAUGCACAGGAUCCAAAGCAUGGUAGUGGUGAGCAAGCAUCUAGUCAAUCGCAACAGGCUGUACCUGAGGUAAUAUUAGACGAACCUGGUGUCAAAGAAGAACCCCAAGAAGUUGAAGAGGAAGUAACGGAAACAAAAGAGAUAAUAGAGUCCCAGUUUUCAUUUGAUCCCCUAACGGAAAGUGAUUCUCGGACGGAAGCAGGUGGUGGAGGUGGUAAUAGCAGUGGGAGCACAGGUGCACCUGGUUAUGAUCCACAGAUAAUGGGUUCUCAGCCUCAGUCAAUGGAAGAACUAGUUGCUCAAGCCAUUCCAGGUUCCUCUGGAUUACAGGGGAAUUCCGUUUCCCUCUGGGAGGGAGACGGAAGUCUACAAGGCUUUCCUAUGGAAGGCUAUAGUGGAGAUGGUUCUCGGCCACCUCAGAUGGGCUGUGACGUGCUCCGGCAGCGAGAAGUUUCAACAUAUUUGUGCCCCUACUGCCGGUCAGUCUCCUUCAUGAGUAUGAGUGAUCUACGCCGUCACGUUCGGAUCCACACAGGGGAAAAGCCUUAUGCCUGUCCUUUCUGCCAGUACCGAGCCAAGAGGACAACUCACUUACAAGAUCAUAUGCGAAGGAAACAUCCAAGUCCAAUUAGCUCAGAGAACUCUGCAGCAUCUUCAGUGCCUGCAGUUUAUAAUCCAAAUUUAAAGCUACCUCCUUGACACCAUUUGCAUAGGGCCCGAUGACUGAACAUUUCUGAAUAGUAUGGAAAAGACAGUAGAGGUACUAUGUUGUUUGUGAAAGGAAUGUUCUAAGAAAACAAAGUAAUAGGUAGGACACUGGAUUUAUUUUGAAUCAUGUAAGCAAAAAAGUUGGCUUAUUAGUUUAAAUCAGAAACUUUUUUUUUUUCAAGAGUAUUUGCUACAAGAGUAAAUAACUCUUCUUGCCUUAUCAGUUGACAUUUAUAUUAUAUAUAUAUAAACAGCAAUAUAUAAACUUUCAUGUGUAUGUCAUGAUUUUAUAUCUGAGAUCACAGUUAUCCUAGCUUUUUCUAUGUUGGCUCCAUUUUCUAUGGCAAAAUUCUUGUGAAUCAGCUAUUAUCAUUCAGAAUUAUUCAGUUUAUAAGACUAAUGUCUGCAUAGUGCUAUAUGAAAAAAUAGCAUGUUGGUUGGUUAACGAUUACUUUUGGGUAAUUAUAUCAUGCAUGGGAUAGCUCCAGUUUGGGUUAAUUUUUAUAAUUUCUUUUACCCAAAUUCAGUUACUGAGAGACGUUAGUUAAAUUAUUUACCGAAGUUCAUAUUUGUGAUAUAUGUGUAAACAUGGAGGAAUGUGUAAUUUUUAUGUUUUUUUAAGCUCAGUGCUUACUUUCUUUAGAUAAACAUUUAUAAAGAUAAAACUGAUGGGAAAACUUUAGGGUGUUCAUAAGAUAAAUUCAAGUGUCUUGAGGCAAAGGAAGUGGAAAUAUAAUUAUUGUUAAUUGCUAGAAUUUUAAUGAAGAUUUUGGAUAGAACUAUUCCUUUUAUCCAUAGUAUAGGAAUGUCUUUAUUGUAUAUACAGGAAUGAAGUAAUAACCAAAGAAUAUCUUCAUGAUUUAACAUGCAUAACAUCUUGUGUCAGUCUCUUUUUUAAGACUGCCAGUUUGGUAUUACUUACUUUGAUGUUGCAUGAUGAUCUUGAAUGAAAUGUAAUAAGUAUUUAUUUUGCAAUUCCUUAGGUUUCAAAGGUAUUGUGUGAUCUGUAAAAAGAAACUAAGAACUUAUGAACAUAUUUCCUGAAUGCAAGUGGAUAUCAAAUAAAAUUUAUUGCCCUAGUGAUAGAUAUUGUUCUUGAGUUCCUCCUCUGAAAAGACCCUUAUUUGUAAAAAAAAUUAUACAUUUAUACACACACACACACACAAUGUGUAUAUGGUUUGAGUGAGUGUGUGGGUGUGUGCAUGUGUUUGUAUAGCAUAUGUGUCUAUCUGUCUGUCUGAGUCUGUCUAUGCCUGUGCCUGUGUUUGUGUAUUUAUGUAAGUAGGUUUAUAUUGGAAUGCCCAUCUCAGUACAUUUUAGAAUUAAAUCAGAACUGUACUUACAAAUCUUGAACAGUUUAUGGUGGUCUAAAAAUAAAUGGCAGAUAUUUGAAGUGAAAUCACAUUGGAGGACUAUCUCUAUUCAAACCUAUGAUGAAUCAGUCGUUUUUUUCUGUGAUAUGAUGUGUUUAAAUUAUAUGAAAGUGACUGUAAUUAUAAGAAUUGAUAAGGAAUUAAAGAAUUUCUUUCCUUCAACACUCCAGAGCUCAUUUCCUUAUUUCUUGAGGAUUUUAAUGCCAGUGCUUUAUAAUAGUGGUUUCUCAUGAGUGCUAGUCACAGUGUAUACUUUGUUAAUGAUAAUAACUGUACUUCGAUGUAAAUUUUAAGCUGAGCACCACACUAGUUUUCAUUAAUCUUUCUUAGAUAGUAGCUUUAAUUACUGGAUGGCAGGAACUUUACAAUAAUAUGAUAGAGUAGAUGGAGUAAACUACAUGUUUCAGUUUUUACCUUGUUUAGGACUUUGCACUGGACAGUAUUCUACAUGAACCAUAUUUAUUACACCCAUCAUGCGGAAGAAUUAAUAUUUUUAACAUAUGAAACCACAUUU